GCUCAGCAGUUCGUGUUCAUUAUGUCAUAAGUAAAGCAAACAAUUCGAAAUUAUUCGGUACGCCAAGCUCCCAGGGUUCUCAAUUCUUGCUAAUUUCGAAAAACAAAAUUGUUUGUUGCAUUAAUUUGAACGGUUGCGCCCCCACAAUGCCGGAAACAGAAUCCAAGUUGGUAUGCAGCCCCAGCAAUGGUCUGCAUCAAGAGGAAAAUGCGGCCGUCAUUGAAGCCGCUAAUCGAUUAGUGAUCCGACCACCAACCCACAGGCGCCCUCAGCGCCAGCGCCAGCCCCAAGGCCGACGAGAUGCCACCGGCUUUACGGCCAACCAGGAGGUAAAGCUGAAGGCCGGCGACAUGCGUAUAGCCCAAAUGCAGAUCUGUAUCUCCCAGCUUCGCACCGAAAUGGAAGAGUCGAGCAAGCAGCUGCAGGACCUAUGUAAAGCUAUGCUUGUUGAUGCGGAGUCUGGCUAAAAUAUUCAAAAAAAAGUAGAAAGUCUAAUUGUUUUUAAGUAAUGGAGUCCAAAUUAGUGGUUACAAAUAUAAGUCUUAGGGAAAAGAAGUUUUUGAUGUCGCAUAUGGAACAAUUAUUUAAUAAUAUUAUAAAGAUAGAUAAAUAGAUUGCAAUUUUAACCCAAUUUUGGGAUGUUAAA